AUUGUGGUUUUUCCAGCAAAGUUAAGUGUCUUUUGCAUCUGGAACUAGGAAAUUAAAUAAUUCCAUAAUAAACGUCAGUUUCCUGAAAAUGGUCGCCUCACUUUUUCUGGCCUGUUUUUUCUAAUUAAUUGACUGAAAAAAUCGAAAUUACGGCUUAAAGAUGACUGAUAAAGAAAUUACAAUGGAAGACCUGGAGGAAACGGCCCAACAAACCGAGGAGCAGCUAGACCUGCUGGCGUGGAAGAUGGAGGGCGACAAGGACCUGGCCGUGCCGGUGGACAGUCAGGACAUGUGUGUCAUGACUCUGCUCAAGUCAGUCUCGGAGGUGCGGUCUGACUACACGGCGCUCCGCCGCGAGCUGGUCGAGGUGCAGCAACUGCAGAGGGAGCUGUCGGCGCGGCUGCGGGCUCAGCUGAGGCUGGUGCAUGGCAAGUUUGCUAAACUGAGGCAGAGGCUGGCGGUCGCUGACCAGCAUAUGCAGGCACAUCAGCGAUAAACACCAAAACAUUAGUAGUAAUAGUUUGUCAGCUGUCGGUAUACUUGCGAGAUCAACUUAGGCUGGUGCAUGGGACGUUUGCUAAACUGAUACAGAGGCGGUCACUGACUAGCAUAUGCACGCCCAACAGAAUAAUAGAACGAAGCCGGGAUAAGUUUCUUAAUAUUAAAUAAACACUUAGGAAGGAGACUACUAUAGUACAGCCAACUUUAAGGAGGCUUAUGCAAGCAUCGGUGUAUGGCCCCAGUGGCGUGCAGCGUGGUGUCGAGGUCGAAAAAGAUUUGAGCAGCGUGCACUAACGCUCGCAUAUUUUGCAUUUGUUUAACAUAGGCGCCAGUGGCGGAUCGUUCAAAGAACUCGAUUCCCACCGGCUUGUCUAAUUUCAGACCGUUGAGUACUUUCACGAUCGGGUCAUGAAGAAAAGGAAAGUAAAAGUAGCUCCGGGUUCCCUACGAAUAUUUGUGACGCGCCGCCACUGAUAGGCGCGCUGGACGACCCGCGUUUACUAAGUUUGCAUUCACGCAUACAGGAGAGUGUAUGUAAAGAGGCGGUACGCAAUACAAUACACAUCACAUCUCCCAAGCUUCUAUAGAUCUCUUGAACAUAUACUCGAACUCCAAAGAGUUCCCUUUGUCUCCUUAUCCAACGGACUACUUACCGGUACCGGUCGGUGAGUAGUUUACACAUUUAGACCACACUUAUGAACUUAUUACUAGUCAAAACAUCACAUAUUUUAACUAAGAACAAUAAAUUGAUUUUUAUUAUGUAAUCGAACUAUGUGCCAAUAACUUAGUAUUAGAAUAUCAAGCACGGUAGUAGAAAAAUAUAUCUUAUGCCUGAGAUAUAUUGUAGUCUAAUUUAACUUUGCACCUACGUUUAUGGUGACACUUAUACAUUGCCUAAUUAGUGUUGAGUUACCAAAGACGGACUAGAACGAACGAGAGAGUUAAUACAGUCGAGUUCAUAAAUAUGUAUAUUUUUUUUUACCCAUAAUGAAAUGGAUUCAGGUGAAGAAAUGUAUACAUAUUUAUGAACUGAUGUAAUUCUAAUUUGACAAUUUGUUUCAUCAAUGUAUCUCAGGCCUUUAACCUUUUGAACGCCAAGAACACCUAAAUGCGUCGUUACUAGUCCUGCCCACAGCGCCAAGGACAACUAUAGGUAUGGCAGACGCUGUCAAAGUAACCUUCACACUUUCGAAUAAGGUUCAAAUUAGCUCCCUUGCGCCCGGGAGCUUGGCGUUUGAGUGAUGUUUGUGUUUAUGAUAUAAAGCGUUCAAAGGGUUAAACUUUCAUAAUUUAGCAACCAUUUCCUAAUACACAGCCGUGUAACACACUAAUAGCAAAUUAAUAAUACGAUGAUAUGAUACUUAAUAUAUUCACACAAGGGCAUCUGCACCUUAGUAUACUAAACAGCCCCAAUCGAAAUUGUACCUUACGUGAUAAGACUUAGAGCUCACAUUAUAGACCUGAUUGAGUAGGUAUCAUGAGUUUAGAUUAAUUAGGUGAUCUCAAACGAGUGAGUGAAAUGACUGAUGUUUAUUAUGUUUAAAUAAUGUAGGCAAUCAAUGUGAAACUUUCCUUUUUUGAUCAUAGGUAAAUUGAUGAAUAACCUGCGGUUUGCCUGGUUUUCUCACGAUUUCCGCAAAUAAUUUUAAUGAAACGGGGCUUACUUAUUAAUCCCCUUAUUCAUAAACGUUCACUAAGUUGACAAGCCGCUAAUAAUCGUUUGUCCCUUUCCGACGUAUUGGUAUGAUGGAAAGGGACACGAUUAUUAGCGGCUUGUCAACUUUAGUAUACGUUUAUGAAUAAGGGGGUAAGUUAUUGGCUGUUGUUAUACUCGUUGAUGCAAACACUCAUCUCAUUACGUUACAAAUACGCACGUUACGCACGUUUGAUACCAGUGACGAAAUUGUACAUUAUGAUACAAGUGCGAAAAGUAGUAAAUUCGCAACAAUUGGCAAAAAAUCGACACGGGAUGCGAAUUACCUUUUCGUACGUGUAUAGAACAACGUUUUACAGUACAUAUGGCCAUUUACAUUUACGACAAACGCACGCUAGCAACCGCACUAGGGCGGUAAAGUAGCACCUUAAGUACUGUUUUUUUAUUUUUAUUAAUGAAGUGUUAGUUGAUCAAAGGGAGAAAGUCAUGCUAUUGAUUAAUAAUUGCUCAAUUUAAAUUGAGCUAUAAUGUGUGGUGUGCAAUGUAGCUUCGUUGUAUGUCAAACCAAAUAGUUAGUUAUACCCUGUUUACGUAUAUUUUGCAAUAUUUAAAUAUCGUUUGAUUAAUGUUUACAUAUUUAUUGUGUUGUAUUAUAUUUAUAAUGAAAUUUAAAAUAUGAAAUUGUUGAAGAUGCGGUCGCCAUCUCGGAACGGUCAAGGUGUUUACAAAUAUCUGAAAAAGCACUUCAACUUCUUGACAAUAGAGGCGUGUUCAGAUAUUUGUGAGCGCCUUGGCCGCACCGAUAUAUCUGAUGGCGGCUGUACAUGUAACUGUGCACUGUGUAUAUUGGGGUAAUUUCGACGAAUAAUUACGGGAAUCGUAAAUAUCAAUGAAACUGGAAGCACUCUAUGCUUUGGCAGCAUUUACUCCUUAUUGUAUCAAAAAGUCAAAGAGCCCGUUAGGUUAGCGCAAGAUAUAAAAAGCUGGAACAUACUCCACCGACAAGAGAAUUACUCUUAAGUUCAUGAUGAUGAACGCUCAUCAAAGAGUUGAGAAGUGUUGCUAUAACUGCCCCCAUGUACUCAAACUUUGAUAUAUGUGAGUUUUAUUCACUUUAUGUAUUUGUGUUAAGACCAGCCUAAUUUUAUUACACGACAAAAUCGCGGUAAAAUGAAGUUCUAAUAGCUUUUUGCUCUGAAUAUCAGUAGUUGUAGCAGAGAGAGAAGUAUUAAUUAUACUGAAGUUACAUAAAGACAACAUUGUAUCUAUAAAUACUAAGUACAGUAAAUAAUAAAUAAGUUUUUUGCCCAUACACAUACACAAUGAUAAAAUAUAAAUCUUGCAGCUCAGAUUUAGAAAGUGAGCUGAAGAUCUGCAAAAUAAAAAUCCAGUAUAAUAGAACGAUUUUGUCUUUUACUGCAUGACUCAAUUAAACAAUCUCCUCUCUGAUUGUAGUCAAUUUGUCUUUUACUGCAUGACUCAAUUGAACAAUCUCCUCUCUGAUUGUAGUCAAUUUGUCUUUUACUGCAUGACUCAAUUAAACAAUCUCCUCUCUGAUUGUAGUCAAUUUGUCUUUUACUGCAUGACUCAAUUAAACAAUCUCCUCUCUGAUUGUAGUCAAUUUGUCUUUUACUGCAUGACUCAAUUGAACAAUCUCCUCUCUGAUUGUAGUCAAUUUGUCUUUUACUGCAUGACUCAAUUGAACAAUCCUCUCUCUGAUUGUAAUCAAUUUGUCUUUUACUGCAUGACUCAAUUGAACAAUCUCCUCUCUGAUUGUAGUCAAUUUGUGAAUGCGUUGGAUCGAAUUUAACAUAGCGUGCUAUAGGAUAAAACGAUGAGUAAUGUUUCUAAUUAUUUGCGAAUAAUUAGAAGGUCAGGCCUUUUAUCACCAAUAUAGAUGUAGAACAUUUGUAAUAUUGGAAUGUCAGAUAAUACAAAAGUAUGUUAUGGACGGUUAUUGUAAAAUUGUACAUGUAUUUUAUAUGUUAGAGAAGUAAGUUUAGAGUGGACACUCCGGUUUAGCAUGUGUUGCUUGUCAAAAAUUGUGAUUUAAUAUCGGUUGCGCCGAAUAGAACAGAAAAAAUCGUUCUCGAAAAAAAUGGAACAAGAUGACUAAAAAUUCGAUCAGUAUCCGUAUCAAUAUCAUAAACAGACGUGAGGUUAGAGGGGUUUAGUGAAUAAAAUAAGUUUUUACCAGGCUUGCUUCAAACUUAUUAUACUUAAGUGGGGGUUUUUGUUCAUGUAUGGAGUGAGAACUCUACUUCUUAUUUCCCUACCAUAGAGUGCCAGAGAUGCUGUGACGAAAAGUCUAAUGCUCAACAAUUUUCAGCUAAAAUUAUAACCGGAACUCUAUAAUAUGUUGUAAAUUGUUGAGCAAUACAAUUUUCCUCAGUCGCGACACUCGAGACAUCUAGUGUCUAGAAGUGGUACAUAAUUCCGCUACUCGAUGCUAGAUGUCGACUAGUAUGGAGGGAGCACUCUAUGUUACUUAUUUCUCUAUGGUUUUACAUACCAUGUAAGUAAAUUAUGUACAAUAUUACCGUACAUAACGUGAACAAUGUUCGGUAGCCAUUGUAAUGUAUAUGAUUUCCAGAAGAUAAGACUAAGUUACUCAUUGCUUCGGCUUGCAGACAUUUGUUACAUGAGCCGAAGGCGAGAGCAAUGCACAGUGAGCUGCAGAGAUAACUGAGCCCCCUGCAACGAAACUUGUUUGCAUGGGGGUCCGUUAUCUCUGCAGCUCACUGUACAUGUCGUGCGAAAAGAACUUGUUUUAAAAUUAUUUAUGCAUGCAUAGCUUUUGUUUUAUGACGUUACCAAAAACGUUGCAUUUACUAGCAUUUAUUAUUUGUAGAUAGAUAAAUGUAGAGAAUUAAUAUCAAAGAUAGCAAUAAUUUUGUCUCAUUUAUCUUAAUGCACAUAUCACGCACUGCAUGAUUAUAUUAUUACAUAUUUUUAAUCGAUAUCGAACAAGGCAAAAUAAAUUUAAAUAUUUUUACUGUUCGCUGUAUAAGUAUCUAUAAAAAAAAUUGGUUUUAAUUUUUAUUUUAAUCUCUUUGUUCGCGAUAUUAUUAGCCAGCCAUAAUUUUUAAUUUUAUAACAAUGUUGUAGAUACGACUUAAAAUUUGCCUGUUCGAUAUUCAAAUUGCAAUAAAUUAUCUUUAAGCAGUUUAUUGAUUCCACAAAUGCAAAUACAAAUUGUUUAUUUCACAAAUAUAAGUUUAAAGUGUUACAUGUUAUACUGACCUUCACACUAGGCAUAGCCUGUCUCGUAGAGGAAAUAAUAAUAUUGACAUAUUUAUAAGCAUUAGCGGCUAGUAGCAUGCAUACAUGAAAACAAAUCACCAGAACAUAAUUACCAAAUAAUUACUACAUUAUAACCCGGCUACAUUUGUCUCUGCUAAUAACUGUAAUAUACCAAAAUACAAUUAAAUAGACAUUUAUUAAAACUUAGUCUCUCACUCAUGAAUAAAUGGUGAUAGCUAAUCACGAAAAAAAAUUACUUCCCCAAAGAAAAUAUCAGCACCAGACCAGACAAAAUGUACGAAAACGCCAAUUAUUUUUCGCGUUUUCGGGCUCGGCAAAAGUCGCUCAGUAUAAUUUAUAUACCUACGGGUAAGGCUCGCAAAAAGUAUAAAGUACACUUUUUGUGAGCCUUACCCAUACUCACAUCGUAAAAUAUUGCAGGUCUUUACCGCAUUUGCAAUAUCCUCGUAAGGCCUAAGGUCCUACCUAUAGGACUUAUUCAGUUCGAUGAAAUUUAAAUCAUAUUUAAUUAGGACAGAGUUGCAUUUGUUUUGUUUGGUGCAAUUUUCAAACAAAAUAAAAUCUACUGUAUUCCGUGCACUAUAGGUUCAAAUUCCAGUGGCAAAUUUUGGAUUUUUCAUUUCUAUGGCUGGGCCUUA